GACCGGUACGCGCGAUAUGAACAUUCCAAUGCUAUUUUUUAUUUUCUCACGUUCAUACGUAUCAAAUCAAGCCUCUGUACGUUAAAUCACCUGCGUAUCAUUCCGCAAUGAUAAAUUUCCUUUUACCAUGACUUUUGAAACGCGGCGAUUGGUAGGUAGAAUCGUGAGGACCAAUCGCCGCAUUUAAAACUCCUCAGUUUGGAUAAAUCAUUUGUUGUACGUCUCGCCAUAGGACCUUGUUACGUUUUUUUUGCCUCUGAGGAAAGUCUUUUGGAUACGACAUUGUGAAAAGAUAAAAAAAAAGAAUGGAAAAACAUAUGUUACUAGCGGGCACAUAUGAUUUUUUCCCAUUCUCCGACAAUGAGAACGUUACGUCUCUAUUCGAGAGCAAACAAGUGGUCGUCGAUGUGGAACAUAAAUAAUGUUCGAAUCGUCGUGCGAUAACAAAGUCGCAGAAUCUACUCAAAAUACGUAAUUCUUCUUGACGUUGAAAAGCUUGUCAAGGUCCUUGGCUAUGGAAGUUGAUGAAUUGACAUACAAUUCAUUUUACCUUCUUUUAAGGGAAAAAUUUAGACGCAAGUAUGAAUUUGCGUUAUCGAAAUGUUGGACAAUUUGUGUGCCGUGCAGCGAUUCCUUGAAAGGCUUAACAAUAACGGAAAAUUUUGUUGAUGACCAUAUACUCCAACCAGUUUAUAACAAACCGUGCUAUUUUGUCUCAACGGAUACCAAUCAUAGUCGAACUUACAAAAUUGAAGGGACUUUUAUUAAACUGGUUCUAUACCAUAAAGAUGGAAGCGAGAGCGACGGAUAUAAAGUCAAAAUCAUUAAUAUCGAGCGUGGUUACAACAAAGAGUUUCAUUCUUACAAUAUCGUUAUUGUCGAGAAACCUAUGGACCUAAAAUACUGCGCCACCCGUUCUCUUCCCAGUGCCAAAAUGAAACUCAAUCGUACCAUCGAUUGCUACAAAGAGGCGGUGAACUUUCUGCACGAACUAUCAUCUCAGGAGCAUUGUUCACUGGGGGAUCUUCGAGCGGAAUUGCAAUCAAUGGACAUGGAUCGAUACAACUCGGCGGAUGAAUUAAGGGGGUCCAUUCAAGAUAUGGUGCGUCGUCAUUGGGCGAGAACAAUGCGACGUCAUACACUAGACGUGCAGCGUGACGUUCGGUUUCAAAAAUUGUUAAGUGUCUCGCUAGAAAUAUUUAUAAUGCAUCAUUUACACGAUCCAAUAUACUCGUUGUUGAGCAACGCUCUUGAUCAGGAUGAUUUGUGCAUUAAAAAAAAAAUUGAUCAACUUAUCGACAUUGGAGUUACGGCCGACCAGCUGGGAGCGAAAGAGUCACUCGCGAUAUCGUUACCGUCAGCAAUUGUUGAAUUGGCAACGUUGGAUGCUCGCGAAGGUCCGCAGGAAAAACUUUCCUGCUUAAAAACCACCCUCGAUCUCACGAUCGCCGAAAUAAAAGGUGCUCUCGCCGCAGUCGAAACGAGAAUGGACUUCCCUCACGAUAACGAUAUGAUAGGCGCAAGAAAAUCGAUCCUCGUUGUACCCACCGACGAUCUUAUACCUCUUCUCAUUUACGUAAUUGUCAAAUCGCGUCCACGACGAUUAAUCACCGAUUUGCACUAUAUACAGAACUUCUUGUGGUCCGUUUCUCCCCACGAUGGCCUUUCUUAUACAAUCGUAACUUUUAAAGCCGCCAUUUGUGCCUUACAGGAGAUUAAUGUCAAGCGGUUGCCUGCAAGAAGUUGUAAAGUUAAAAACGAAUUACCCAUCAGCGAAGCCCUCGACGUCCUCAACAAUUCUGACAACGAGACUACGCCACUCGAUCAGCAAGUUCGCCAACUCGCCGAUAUGCUUGGUGAAUGCACGCGCAGUUAUGACACGACGUAAUAAAUUAUCAUUUCUUUUUGCCAUUUUGAAAUAUGCAUCUAUAUUUUUAUAUUUUUCAAUACUCUUACAUUGCAAUGCCUACGAGGAACUCUAUUUUAUGUCCACGUGUGAAAAAGAGAUUAAAAAAUGGCUACAUCCUUGCAAAUUAUCUUUCAAACGCCACUUUCGGUCAAAAUUUCUUGAAAGUGAUCAUUCCAAAUCAGUCCUUGUCGGGCAUAUUAACCACAAGCAUCCACAGCCAUAAGUUACGAUGCAACGAGAUUCUGGUAAUUAUAAGUAUAACUUAAUGAAAGUAUUUUGAAAUAUUGCAACGGAAUGUGCCACGAAGAUUGGUUUUCAUUCAUAAGUCCUCAAACUUUAUAACGUAGAAAAAUUUUCCAAAAAUCUGUAAUAUUAUUUAAACAAAUUCUUUAAGUAUGAUGCGAAAUUCGUUUACGAAAAUAUUGUAAAAUUGAUUAAAAACGAAAAAUCAAAAAAUGGAAAGAGGUUUAGAGGAACCUACAAAUUCAUGCGAGUUGAAACUGUUAGAGACUUGAAAAUAGUUCAAUACAGUUUUUAUGAAAUUACUGUGCAAGUUAGGCGUUAAAAACGUAUGAAACUAUUGGCUGUAAAUCUAUUUGUACAUAAACCUUAAAAUGCUCAAGUACGUUGGCUUCCACAUAUUUUACGACGAAUUGCAUUUAGAUCGAUAUUUCAAAAGAAUUUUUGGAAAUUUUUGUAGAUGAUAAAAUUUUGAAAAAAUCUUCCUCAAAUGUGACUCGUUUUAGAAUGAGAACGAUUUUACUCGAUAUGCUUUAGGUAACGAUCCUUAUAAAAAUUAUGUAAUUAUAUAAAAUAUACAUCUAUUUUAGUAUGGAAAA